AUGUACAAACUCAAAGUGUUGCUCCCUUAUUGGAAUCCUCAUUAUGAUGUGGCUCCGUUAAAGAAACACAAGCUGGUGGAGCCCUCCAAGAAGCUCCAGGAGAACAUCUGCUCUCGUCAUGAUGAGCCUCAUUAUGAUGUGGCUCCGUUAAAGAAACACAAGCUGGUGGAGCCCUCCAAGAAGCUCCAGGAGAACAUCUGCUCUCGUCAUGAUGAGAUCCAGCAGAGAAUCCAGGACAGAGAGAAAGAUGUGAAGCUGCUUCAACAGCAGGUGGAGGUUAUCAAUGACUCUGCUGAUAAAGCAGUGGAGGACAGCGAGAAGAUCUUCACCGAGCUGAUCCGUCUCCUGGAGAAAAGAAGCUCUGAUGUGAAGCAGCAGGUCAGAUCCCAGCAGAAAAGUGAAGUGAGUCGAGUCAAAGAGCUUCAGGAGAAGCUGGAGCAGGAGAUCACUGAGCUGAAGAGGAAAGACGCUGAGCUGAAGAAGCUCUCACACACAGAGGAUCACAACCAGUUUCUACACAACUACCCCUCACUGUCACCACUCAGCCAAUCAACAUCCAGCAUCGAUAUCCGUCCUCUGAGCUGCUUUGAGGACGUAACAGCAGCCGUGUCGGAAGUCAGAGAUAAACUACAGGAUGUCCUGAGAGAGAAGAGGACAAACAUCUUACUGUACAUGUACAAGUACAUGUGUUUGAAUGGGUGA